GAGCUGAGCCAAAGUUUCCUGUUGCAUGUGGCCAUAGGAUUCUAUAAAAACGAGAUUUUAAUGUGCCGGUGGCAGUAUAUUUGCGAGCUGUUACGAGGCUGGAGCACUCCCUCAGCUGUCUGCUUGCCUGCCCAGAUCCCUGAAGGGGUUUAAAGCAACCACAGUGAACAUGUUCCUGUACUGCACGCUUGUGCUGUUGGACAUCUCUGUGAAAUGGACGGUCCAAGAGACGAUUCCCCCAAAGUACUUCCAUUAUGACCCAACAUCUUCCCGCCCACUGAUGUGUGACCAGUGCCCUCCUGGCACCUACGUGAAAGAGCACUGCACAGCGUCAUCGAAAACAGAGUGCGCCCCCUGCCCGGACGAGUCUUACGCAGACGACUGGAACAGUAACAACGAAUGCCAAUACUGCAACACAGUAUGUAAGGAGCUGCAGUACGAGAAAGUGGAAUGCAGCAGCAGUGAGAACCGUGUCUGUGAGUGCAUUGAAGGCCGAUACCUUGAACUGGAAUUCUGCCUGAAGCACACGGCCUGCCCUCCUGGGUUUGGUGUCAUUCAACAAGGUACCCCAGAAAGUGACACUGUUUGUGAAAGAUGCCCAGAAGGCUAUUUCUCAAAUGAAACAUCACCCAAGGCAGCCUGUCGGAAGCACACCAACUGCAGCGCACUAGACCUCAAAAUGGUACGGAAAGGAGAUGCGACACGCGAUAAUGUGUGCCAGGGAGAAAGGAGUGGCAAACUGGAUCAGCAAUGCGAAAUUGAUGUAACCUUAUGCGAGGAAGCGUUCUUCAGAUUUGCUGUUCCUACCAAACUCAAAUCCAACCAGUUGGACAUGCUCAGGAAUAGUCUGCCUGGUGUGAAGGUCAACGAAGACGCCAUUGAGAAGAUUAAAGAGAAGCACAGUCCUCAAGAGCAGACCUUCCAGUUACUAAAACUGUGGAAGCAGCAGAACAAAGACAGCAAGAACAUCAUUCGGGGUAUUGAUCUUUGUGAAAACAGCAUCUUAAAGCACCUCAGCCAUCUCAAUAUAACCUCUGAGCAGCUCAACAUCCUAAUGGAAAAUUUACCAGGGAAAAAAGUAGGGAGAGAAGAAAUUGAGCACAUUCUGAGGAUGUGCAAAUCUACAGACCAAAUUCUUAAGCUCCUCAGCUUGUGGAGAAACAAAAACAGAGACCAAGACACUACCAAAGGCCUGACAUAUGGGCUGAAGCACUUGAAAACAUAUCAUUUCCCCAAGACAACAAUCCAAGGCCUCCGGAAGGUGAUCAAGUUCCUCCACAGCCUCACAAUGUACAAAUUAUACCAGAAGCUUUACACAGAAAUGCUCGGAAACCAGAUGCAACUGGUGAAAGUGAGGCGCGGGUAGUUUAAGCUAUUUUUUUAAUUUGCCACUUGCUGCUAGCGGUAAUAAUCAACUUGGGGAGGACCGUUGUUGUCCUAUAUUAUGCUUAUUUAUAUUUAUAUGUCUGACUGAGGUAGCGGAGAGCUAUCUUAGACCUUUUAUUGUUGUUGUUGUUGUUAUUGUUGCUGCCUUAAUAACACUAAAACCCUGAUAUGGAAUCUUUGCACAUCCAAGACUCCCAAUGUCUUUGACCGAAUGGGCAAAGAGAAACAAGGCCAGGUUAUUUAUAUCCACUGAAAUCUAGAAUGUUUUAUAUAUUUAUUGACUUCAAAUGGCACCAAUUUCAGAUUAAAGGUAGGAACUGGGAACCACUCGCCAAGCAGUCACUAGGAACACAUGCCGAAGAGCAAACCUGUGAGGGCAAAAUGGAUUUUUUUUAAAAAAAGAUGGGGACAAUUGGUUUAGGACCCAUCCCUCACCCCUCACCCAUCUAUAUUUCAAAUACUUUCACAGAAGCACCUGGAUCUCUGCUUCUUACAAGAUACAGGCUGAGAUCCCAAACUGUGUCUGCUUGAUGUGCGCACAAGAGCUUCUAAGCUCCCCCUUCAAAUGACACGCCCACACAUACCUCUAAAAAAAGCUACCUUUAGCAUUAGAGGGGCUUCUUAUGAAUAAGGGAGAUCUCUGUGGUGGCGCUGUGGGCUAAACCGCAGAAGCCUGUGCUGCAGGGUCAGAAGACCAAGCAGUCGUAAGAUCGAAUC